AUGCAUGUUCUUUUAACUAAUGAUGAUGGCCCUCCAAGCCAAGAAGAGUCACCUUAUGUUCAGUACUUGGUAGAGGCCAUUCAGAAGUAUACGAACUGGGACCUGUCAAUAGCGGUACCUAGUUCACAGAAGUCUUGGAUUGGUAAAGCUCACCUAGUUGGGCAUAAUGUAACAGCUAGUUACAUCUAUACAAAUGAAAUAAAUGGACCAAUAGAUGGUCCGUUCGAUGCUCCCCAGCCUGGUAAACAAGGAACCGAGUGGACUUUACUUGAUGGUACCCCAGCCUCUUGUGCUAAUAUUGGUAUCCAUCACUUGUACAAAGAUAAAGGGCCAAUUGAUUUAGUAAUUUCUGGCCCCAACUAUGGACGGAAUUCAACUGCCCUGUAUAUCAUGUCCAGUGGAACUGUUGGUGCCUCGAUGGAAGCAGCGUUAUGUGGUGUCAAAUCUGUCAGUAUUUCGUAUGGAUUCGACUCGAGAAUGCAUGAUCCUAUUCAAAUCGCCCAAGCUGCUAAGACAUCUGUUAGAUUGACACAAUACUUGUAUGAUAAUUGGCAAGAACCGACACAGCUUUACAGUGUAAACAUUCCUCUUUGUGAAUCACUUUCAGAUGAUACUAAGAUUGUUUACACCCAUAUUUUAGAGAACACUUGGGGUGCUGCGUUUGCUGUACCUCCUGAUGUUCAUGACAAGGAACGUCCGUCGAAAUUCAUGUGGAGACCCAAUUAUGCUUCCGUGGAUCAAAGUGUGAAAGAUAGUUAUCCUGGAAAUGAUGGUUGGGUUGUUUCAAAUGGUGAGAUCAGGUAA